CUCAAAUCCAAUAUGGCCGUUUCUGCAGGCAUCAAGGAGGCAAAAAUUGUUCUUCGCAAGGAGCUGAAACGUCGUUUGGCUGCUAUGUCGGAGGUAGAGAAACAAACAGAAUCCGCUAAAGUCGCUGCAAAGCUGUUCGCAAUGAAAGAAUUCCAAGAAAGCAAGCGAGUGUCAUUGUAUAUGAGCAUGCCCAACGAGGUAGACACCUUUGGAAUUAUGGGAAAAUUAUUCGAGCUGAAAAAGAAGUGCUUUAUACCGCACUACAUCGGCCCAGUUAUGAAAAUGGUUGAAUUGAGUUCAAUGGCGGAUUAUGAGUCGUUGCCACUUACAUCAUGGAAUAUCAAACAGCCUGCGGAUGAUGAUGACCGAGCUGACGCAUUAGAGACUGGAGGCCUGGAUCUUAUUGUGGUCCCUGGUUUGGGGUUUACCAGCGAAGGGGGAAGGCUUGGUCGAGGGAAAGGGUACUAUGACAGUUACAUCAAAAGGUGUACGGAACUUGAACUUAAGGUUCCUGUGACUGUGGCACUGGCAUAUAGUGUUCAGAUUUGUAAGUCUGUACCAAUAUCUGAUCAUGAUAUGAUUAUAGAUCAUGUUUUGUGUGCAGACUGAAUUGUCUUUAAUAAAGGUACAAAGAAGACACAAGUUAUUGAAGUUAAAGAUUUUGAUACAUAAGAUUAAAUAUCAUUUGAUAAUAUUACAAAAUAUUAUUAAAUUAGGUCCUACACAAUCCCUGUGUGUA